AUUCCAGAAAUACUGUUUUUAUAAAGAAUAAAAGAGUCGAGUAUCAGUGAAUGUUAAAGGUGCGUUGAAUAUUCAAUUUCUAGGUCAACUGCUUGAAAAAUAAAAGAUAAUGAUUUCUCCAAAUCACUUAGCAGAAAUAGUGAUUAAAGUGAUUACGGGUCGUGAAAGUCGGAAUUGCGGAAUUGUUUAUAUCAACGGUAAAUAUAUUCGUAUAAAAGGAGAUUUGUCAUUUCCACUGGACCUUGAUCAUUGGAGAGGUUAUAUUGAUACCGAAUCAGAUUGUUUCAAAAAUUCAAAAGAUAUUUUACAUUAUUUUGUGAAUAGAAAUGCAUUGACACAUUUGACAUUGGAUGCUGACAUUCUACAAGUUUUAAAAAACUAUAUAAUCGAUGAACUUAAUGGGACGUAUAAUGAAAUUAAUUUACAUCAACGAUUGUACCUGGACUAUACGAAUAAGUUUGUUUUAAUAAACUUUAGGCGAUCGAUCGUAGCAUGCGAUGCAUUUAAAAGUGUUACGUGCAAGCAUCUUCGCUCUGGAAGGAAGCAAAGCUGCAUGAAACAUUUUACGUUAGAAGUUGACAAUGACAAAGUAUCGGAAGUUACAAAUUUAAGAUUGUAUUUCCUUCGUAAGGUGUCAUUGAAUUUAUUAAAAUGUCAAGACUUUGAUGCGCACUGCGAUGAUAAUAUAAGUAAUAAUUAUGUCUUUACAACAAAAUCAGAGAAUAAUAUCGAUAAGAGCUCUAGUCCAUAUUUGUGCGGGGUUAUUUUAAAUGGUAAUAAAAAAAAAGAAUGCAUUUUGAGCCAAGAAAUGUAUAUACAGAAGAAAGUUGAAAAAAUUAAAAAGUUAAAUUACCUAAAGCACUUUUAUUCGAAUAUUGAUGCAAAUAUUGUUGAAAAAAAUGUUGAAACAAUAGCAAAAGCUUCGGUUGUUUAUGAAUUGCUGUCAGUAAAGCAUUCGAGUCCUGUAAUUAUUGAAAAGUCUGACGAUAAAGAGAUUUGCAUCAAAGAAGCAGCAUUUAUUUUGUAUAAUAAUGUCAGAAUUACUGCUAUAUUAAAUAAAUAUACGAGAUUAGUGUUUGACGAGGAUUAUCCACAACUUGACCCAAUCGAGAGUGUCGUAGCUUUAUACGAACUCGUAGAUGAUGAAUCGUGGUCCCUUAUUUAUAACUACAUAAUAAAAUAUCCAGAUGUACUAGAGGCUGUCGUUAAAGUUGAACCAAAACUUGAAAUUAAUAUUCAUCUAUUAUGGGCAUUUGUAUCUUGUUUAUGUCAUGAUUUUAGCAAAUAUUAUCGAAAACAUAAAAUUAUAAUGGUAUAUAAGGAUGGUAAUGACUUGGUGAGAGUUACAACCAGAGAAAGGCUGCAUUUGUUAAAAGCAUUGCAAACUGUUUUAAUUAACUCAUUAUCUUUAUUGGAUAUCGAAGAAUUGAAUUAUAUGUAAAAAUUACUAUAAUUUAUAUUAAAUACUUUAUAUAUAAAGUAUCGUUUCUCUAUUAUUUCUUAAGCAUUGCGACUCUAUUUGUAUUAU